CAUGAUAUCAUCAACUCACAAGUCACAACAAGCUGCACCGCAGCAACCAAAGACAGUAUGGCAAACGCGCCGACGAUCCUGGCCGCCGUGGCUCUCGGCGGUCUCGCACUGCUGCUCGCCGCCGCCGGCCCGGGCGCCGCGCAGAAUUGCGGUUGCCAGCCAAACUUCUGCUGCAGCAGGUUUGGCUUCUGCGGCCAGACCACCGAGUACUGCGGCGAUGGGUGCCAGUCGGGCCCGUGCAUACGGGGCGGGGGCGGCGCGAACGUGGCCAACGUCGUCACCGACGCGUUCUUCAACGGCAUCAAGAACCAGGCCCCGAGCUCGUGCGAGGGCAAGAACUUCUACACGCGGGGCGCGUUCCUGAACGCCGUGAACUCGUACUCCGGCUUCGCGCGCGGCGGCUCGGAGGUCGAGGGCAAGCGCGAGAUCGCCGCCUUCUUCGCGCACGUCACGCACGAGACCGGAUAUUUCUGCUACAUCAGCGAGAUCAACAAGAACGACCCCUACUGCAACCCGAGCUACACGCAGUGGCCGUGCGCCGCGGGGAAGAAGUACUAUGGGCGCGGCCCGCUGCAGCUCUCGUGGAACUACAACUACGGGGCAGCCGGGAGGGAUAUCAAAUUCGACGGGCUCGGCAACCCGGACGUGGUUGCGCAGGACCCCGUGAUCGCGUUCAAGGCGGCGCUCUGGUACUGGAUGAACAACGUGCACGGGGUGAUGCCGCGGGGGUUCGGCGCCACGACUAGGGCCAUCAACGGAGACCUCGAGUGCGACGGCAAGAACACCGAUAAAAUGAACGCAAGGGUUGGAUACUACAGGCAGUACUGCCAGCAGCUCGGCGUCGACCCCGGGGGCAACCUCACCUGCUAGAGCCUAGACCCUAGAGGUGCUGGGUUCAUGGAUGCAUGCUUUGGCUGUUGGCUCGAUCGAGAAAGAUACAUACUUGGUGUCGACGUGUCGUACACUGUUGUGGUGGGUACUGUCGCCUGUAGUGAGACCGAGAGCUCAACGAGUACAUGUACUUGUAGUUCUAUUAAUAAAUAAUGCAGGGGAUGGGCCUGUUCAUUGGACCUGAAUAAUAAUGAAGCAGCUUGUAAUGUUUAUGCACA